AUGCCUAGAGCAGUCACAGAACAGAAGCAGUACAUGGGAAAACAGCCAGACCAGGACAAGAACCAGAGACCCAGGCGGUGGCGUCCCUGCCUGAAAGGGCAUACGCUGUACGGCAGGCUUGGAGCAGGAGCCUCUCCUCCUGAUAAAGGAGUUGUAGCACCUUGCAUCCAGUUCCUGUGGAAAGUUGGCCUCAGGCCUGACAUCCUGGAAGCUCCGCAGCUCGAGGCUGAUGGCAGAGGUGCUGCAGUGCGCCUCCGUGUGCAGCCCCAGACCUGCUGCCUCUUGAGGGUGACAUUAGGUGCUGCGGACUGGGAGGUCUUCCACAUCGGGGAGAGGAUCUUCCUCGCCGUGGCCAACAGUCACAGCUAUGAUGUGGAGAUGCAAGUCCAGAAUGAGUCCUACGUCAUCAACUCUGUCAUCUACGAGCUGAAUGUGACCGCACAGGCCUUUGUCAAGUUCCAGGACAUUCUCACCUGCAGUGCUCUGGACUGGGAGUUUUUCUCGGUGGGAGAAGAUUCCUUCCUGGUGGUCGCUAACUCCUUUGAUGGGCGCACCUUCUCGGUGAACAGUAUUAUUUACAGGUGGCAGGGCUACGAGGGCUUCGUGGCGGUGCACAGCCUCCCCACUGUGGGCUGCAGGGACUGGGAGGCCUUCAGUACCACGGCCGGCACCUACCUCAUCUACUCCAGCGCCAAGGAGCCCCUCUCCAGGGUCCUGCGGCUGAGGACACGCUGAUGCCGCUGCCAUCGGGAGCAGCUGGAGUGGCCGGAUGGGGCGAGACCCCAGGACCUCCCGCUAAAUGGCCCUGGACAUCUGGUGGGCAGAACCUCGGGUAGCCGGGGCCUGGGCUGUGGGCAGGGUGCAGGUGGGGCCGUCUGCAGCCUUGGUUCGGGCAGGAACAUGCAUCCACUUCUGGGUUGUUCUGAGCCACAGCCCCAGGGACGGCCUGGCCACAGCCCACAGCUCUGGGUCCUGCAGGCGGAGGUCCAGAGUCCCCACCGGCUCUCGCCCAUCUGAGUGUCAGGCAGGGAUUUCGCCACCAAUGAAACGUUCUAUAAAGAUUUACCUCAAACAACAGGCCCUCAGGCUUGUGACCUCGAGCUGGCCUCGCACCGGCCCCUCCCGCUGUGUGCACCCGGCCGCCCGAGCAGACGUGGGCCGCCCUCGACGCUGCCCGCGAUGCCUCCACCUAUUUAUUGUGUUUUAUCUGAACAGAACUGUAUUUAUAUAGCUCUUUACAAACCACUCUCAGCAGCAGGGGGGUACAGCCCUUUGCCACAGACACAGACAGAGGGCCACCUCCCCUGUACAGGGAGCAGCCUCCACCCAGCCUCAGUUUACCCAUAAAUGCACUGGGGCCAGGUCAGAAAUAACAAGCCUGGGUGUGGCCUGGGUGGCACCCCCUCCCCAAGGCCCCACCCACAAGGACCUGAGUUCCCUGUGGAAUUGCUUCUGGGCCCAGGAUUUUUUUUUUUUUUUUUAAAGACAGGGUUUCACCAUGUUGGUCAGGCUGGUCUUGAACUCCCGACCUCAGGGAUGACCU